AUGAAGACCUCCACCGUCUUCCUCUCGCUCCUCGCCCCACUCUCUUGUUCCCAGAGCGACUCUCCGGAACUCAUCGUGACAACGCGGGCAGGAAGCUUACGCGGCAUCCGCCUACCGACGCCCGACAGGAGUCACGUGACUGCUUUCCUCGGCAUCCCAUUCGCCGAGCCCCCGCUGGGCAAGAAGCGCUUCUGUAAGGCGGAGCCAAAGAAGCCGUGGUCGGGAGUGUUCGACGCUAGCUCCUACCCCAACGCCUGCUAUCAGUUCGUUGACACCUCUUUCCCCGGGUUCCAAGGAUCUGAGAUGUGGAACCCGAACAGGGAGAUGAGUGAGGACUGCCUAUACCUCAACGUCUGGGUACCAACCUCCCCCAGACCUCACAACCUCACCGUGAUGGUGUGGAUCUACGGUGGAGGCUUCUACAGUGGCUCCUCGUCCCUGGAUGUGUAUGAUGGACGUUACCUGGCCCACUCUGAGAAGGUGGUGGUGGUGUCCAUGAACUACCGUGUCGGGGCCUUUGGUUUCCUGGCUCUUCCUGGCUCUUCGGAUGCCCCUGGGAAUGUGGGGCUCCUAGACCAACGUAUGGCCCUCCAGUGGAUCCAGAAUAACAUACAUAUCUUCGGGGGUAACCCCAAGCAGGUGACCAUCUUUGGGGAGAGUGCAGGAGCAGUCUCUGUGGGAAUACACCUCCUGUCUCCAGACAGCCGCCCCACCUUCACCCGAGCCAUCCUCCAGAGUGGAGUCCCCAACUGUCCCUGGGCCACUGUUACGCCCGCUGAAGCCCAGCGGAGAGCUGCCAUGUUGGGGAAACUGGUGGGCUGUCCCUCUGGGGGUAACGACACAGAGCUGGUGGACUGUCUCCGUAACAAGCCCCCCCAGGACCUCAUCGACCAGGAGUGGCAGGUCAUGCCAUGGUCGGCCAUCUUCCGUUUGUCCUUCGUGCCGGUCAUCGAUGGUGUGGUCCUUCCUGACAACCCAGAGGCCAUGUUGUCAUCAGGCAACAUCAAAGACACCCAAAUCCUGCUGGGAGUCAACCAGGAUGAGGGCUCCUUCUUCCUCCUCUACGGAGCCCCGGCUUCAGCAAGGUGUGACAACGAGUCAUUGAUCUCCCAUGAGGACUUCGUGGAGAGCGUGAAGCUGAGUGUCCCGCACGCCAACGAAAUCGGCCAGGAGGCUGUGGUGCUGCAGUACACUGACUGGUUCGAUGAGAACAAGAAGAACCGAGACUCCCUGGAUGACGUGGUCGGAGACCAUAAUGUCAUCUACCCCCUGCAGCAGUUUGCCAGGACCUACUCCCAGCUCCAGUCUAACCUGGGUGCCAACAAUGGACAACAGGCGGGCAACGCUGGGGCCAUGACCAAGGACGGGAACUCACAAAGUAAGAAUUUGUACCUGUACCUGUUUCACCACCGUGCGUCUAACCUGGCGUGGCCUGGGUGGAUGGGCGUUAUCCAUGGUUACGAGAUAGAGUUUGUGUUCGGCAUGCCACUGGAGAAGAGACUCAACUACACAGCCGAGGAGGAGAAACUGAGCCGACGCAUGAUGAGAUACUGGGCUAACUUCGCACGCACCGGUAACCCCAACAUCAAUUUUGACGGCAGUGUGGAUAGCAGGCAGAGGUGGCCGCAGUUCACCAACAGUGAGCAAAAACACGUGGGGCUGAACACAGAAUCUCUGAAGAUCCACAAGGGCCUGCGGAACCAGCUGUGUGCAUUCUGGAACCGCUUUCUGCCACGCCUCCUCAAUAUCACCGAUAACAUAGACGAUGCCGAGCGUCAGUGGAAGGUGGAGUUCCAUCGCUGGUCCUCCUACAUGAUGCAUUGGAAGAGCCAGUUCGACCAUUACAGCAAGCAGGAGCGCUGCACUGACCUCUGAAAAGAGAGAGAGAGAGAGGCCGACCAUGUCCUACCAUAUUAUCCUACAUGUCGUCAUGUGAUAUGUUGAGGCUGUUAUAUUUAACUCAAUGUGUUUUUUCUGGUUUCCAUUGCAGAGGUUAUAGCAGGUCUAUAAGACUAUUCAUCAGACAGGAGUUAUGGAAGGAGAUGGUCAUUGAUGAAGAGUUUGAAUAGGUGUGUGUGUGGUACGACUGAACCUCUGGGUCCCACCCAUCUCACUUUCUUUUUUUUAAACUUUAUUAUUUUCCAGUUGAUACAAAUUUCACGAUCUGCUCAUUUGAAAUGAUCUUUAUUGAAAACAGCUAGUGUUGUCUGUCUAUGUAUCUGUUCACUUGUC